AUGGACUUGCUAUCAAAUGAUAUUGCACAUGCGAACACAAGCCAAAACAAUAUGGAGUCUUAUUGGCAGAAUGCCGUAAGCGAUUUCCUCCCAGCCGGACCAUUCGACUGUUGGUUUGACAAAAAUCCCCCAGCCAGUCUCUUCGAAGUCACCUCUAGAACCACCAAGAAAACCUGGCCAGCACUUAAGCACAAUGGCAAAAACAACAUCCUCCUCUACAGUGGUUCUUUCAACCCACCCAAUCAAGGCCACCUUGCAACCAUUCUAUACCUUUACAAGUACCGGAAAGAAUUUGAUAUACUUGCAAUGUUCGUCUUUACCGAUCCCGAUGACCUCAUUCGUGGCAGAAUGAAGGAUAGUGGCGAAAUAGUUCUUCCUCAAGAACUGCGAAGCCUUAUGUUUGCAAAAGAACCUGAAUUAUCGGAACCGUUGGAGGAAGGAUGGCUUCAGAUCCUUCUGGGAACUAAGGAGGGAAUCACGCAAGCUCUUAUAAGUAUGACUGCCUUGAUACGGGGCGCUGGUUUUGACGCGGAUCUGAUUGGGUUGCCUGGUGGUGACAAGAUGUCCGCUUGUAGCCCUCCAGAUGAACCUCCAGCUGAACUUGCGACUUGGGUGUGAAUCAAAAUUUCCUUCGAUGUGAUAUGUGCUAAUUAGUUGCUUAGGGCCCACUUGAUGGGUUUCUAACUCUGAAUGCUCGACGGCCUGUUGGUUUUUACACACCGGGGCCAGGAAAAGGGAAAGCUUCGGUUCCGAUCAGCCUUCCCGGAUGCACAGAAUGGGAGAGGAGCCCAGAAGACAGUACGUUGGUCUCAGGGAGUGGACAUGAGGAGAGUAUUGGAGACUUGUGGCUUUGUAAAGCAUUGACGAUCACAGGCACGCCGACUAUUCGAUUCUACGCGACCCAGAGAAGUGCGUCAAAUGGUGUGAACUCAACACGGAUUAGGAAAAUUAUAUCAGAGGCUGGUGAGGGAGAGCUUGAAGAGCUGCUUAGAGACCAAGUCAUUUCAUUUGAGAUCUUGGCUGAGUGGUUGAAGAAACAGUGGCAAGAAGUUCAGCCGUCUGAUGUUUGA